UCACCCAUUUUCCUCAAUCAAACUCACUCAUUCAUUCUCCAUCGUCGUACGAUACAACGGUCAGUUCCAAUGGCGGAUAACACCCAUAACCGGAGAGCGAUAUGGGGAGUUCCGGAGAAGCUUCAGCUUCACAUAGCCAUGCUCACGUUACAAUUCGGCUACGCUGGAUUUCACGUGGUCUCGAGAGCUGCUCUUAACAUGGGAAUCAGCAAACUUGUCUUCCCUGUUUAUCGUAACAUCAUCGCCUUGCUUCUUCUCCUUCCCUUCGCUUACUUCCUCGAAAAGAAGGAGAGACCAGGGAUUACUCUCAACUUUCUCAUCCAGUUCUUCUUCUUGGCACUCAUCGGAAUAACAGCGAACCAAGGGUUUUACUUGUUGGGACUGGACUACACUUCACCAACGUUUGCUUCUUCCAUGCAGAACUCUGUUCCCGCCAUUACCUUUCUCAUGGCUGCUCUUCUCAGGAUUGAGAGAGUUAGACUAAACAGAAGAGAUGGUAUCUCCAAAGUCCUAGGAACAGGUCUUUGUGUCGCCGGAGCUUCUGUCAUCACUCUCUACAAGGGUCCCACCAUCUACACUCCAACUAGCCACCUCCACGCUCACCUCCUCACCACCAACCCCGCCGUAUUAGCACCGCUUGGAGACGCCGUGCCGAAAAACUGGACUCUUGGUUGCCUCUACCUCAUUGGUCACUGUCUCUCCUGGUCCGCUUGGCUCGUGUUUCAAGCUCCGGUUCUUAAAAAAUACCCGGCCAGGCUCUCGGUUACGUCUUACACUUGUUUCUUUGGAAUCAUUCAGUUCCUGAUCAUCGCUGCUUUCUGUGAAAGAGAUUCUCAGGCCUGGGUUUUUCACUCUGGUUGGGAGCUUUUCACCAUCCUAUACGCCGGAAUAGUAGCGUCUGGAAUCGCCUUUGCGGUUCAGAUUUGGUGUAUUGACAGAGGAGGUCCAGUCUUCGUUGCUGUUUACCAACCCGUUCAGACUUUGGUCGUUGCGAUUAUGGCUUCAAUAGCGUUAGGAGAAGAAUUUUACUUGGGCGGGAUUAUUGGUGCUGUGCUGAUCAUAGCGGGACUUUACUUUGUGCUCUACGGUAAGAGCGAAGAGAGGAAAUUUGCAGCUCUUGAGAAGGCAGAGAUCCAGACCAUCGUGGAGCAUGGUAUUGAGCGUGUACCCGUUUCUCGCGGUUCCAUCAAGUCGUCCAUCACAGUUCCACUGCUUCAUCAGUCAACGGACAAUGUUUGACUUGUGGAGGCUCUCUCCAGCUAAUAAUUACAAACGCCAUUACCCAAUUAAAAGGGAACAAUGGUGUGCCGCUGUGUUUUAUGACUUUUGUGUCUGUGUUUUUUCUUCAUAAUAUUAAUCACCAAAGAAAGGUUUUUUAGAGGGGGAAAAGAGUGGAUGAGACAUCAUUGUUCAUGAGGAUGGUGGUGUAGAUGAAGACGAUGAUAAAGACUAUGUGGGGGCUUGGAUUGGAACUUUCAAAUAUUUAUAUAUCUGGCUGAUAAUUAGUGCUCUUUUGUUACAUUU